ACCUGGAGGCUUGCAAACAUAGCUCCGUGCAUCAGACCAAGCUACUUACACCUCUAAGGGAUCCCUCUAGACCCCCUCCAUGGAGAUGAGGAAACUGCACUUUCAUGUCUGAGGAAAAAGGCCACAAACCAUUGAGAGCUGAAAGUCCAAGGAGUGUAAAUGAUGCAGUGGAUGAUGUGGCUGCCCCAACCCAUCCACCAGAGAUAAUCUGAAGUCAAUUAAAUCAAGUGAGGCCAUAGUCGGGGCUUGUCUGCUAAGCCUGACAGAGAAGAAGAAGACGGCAGACCGGAUUGGUGAUGGCUUGUGGAGUCUUUUUUUUUGGGGGGGUCUGAAGAUGCUGAUCUCACUAGUUCUGCAAGUUUGCCAUCACAGACCCUGUCAUGACAGUGGAUGUAAGCCUGAGUGAGCCAUCAUACUACACUCCACCAGCAGACAGGAAGUGGAGGCGUCUGCCCCUUCAUGGAUUUUUUCAGGAGACCCCGGGCCAAGUACACUGUGGUGGGGGAGACGAUACGUUAUGUCAUCCCUGGGCACAUGCAGUGCACCUACUGGUGCGGGGGCCAGGCCUGCAAGUAUGAUGACCCUUCUUACUGGAGUGAGGACAAGCAGGCCAUCAAAGGAAUCUAUUCCUCAUGGGUCACUGAUAACAUAAUUGCCAUGGCCAGACCCUCCACCGAAACCAUUGAAAAGUAUGAGAUCAUCAACCAGUUUAGAAGGUGUGGAGUCAAAACAGUAAUAAACCUGCAGAAGCCUGGUGAGCACGCCAGCUGUGGAAACCCUCUGGAGCCUGACAGUGGCUUCAGCUAUCGGCCUGAAACCUUCAUGGAGAAAGGCAUAUAUUUCUACAACUUUGGCUGGCAUGACUAUGGAGUGACAUCACUGACGACAAUCCUGGACAUGGUGAAGGUCAUGGCCUUCGCAGUGCAGGAGGGCAAGAUGGCCGUCCACUGUCACGCUGGUCUGGGGAGAACAGGUGUGUUGAUAGCAUGUUUCCUGGUCUACGCUACCAGAAUGUCAGCUGACCAGGCCAUCAUCUAUGUGCGUGCCAAGCGUCCCAACUCUAUUCAGACCCGGGGCCAGCUCCGGUGUGUGAGGGAGUUUGCCAAGUUCCUGGUCCCGCUCAUGAGUGUGUUCUCCUGUGCUAAGCCCUGGGCUGACCCGGUCAGCUUGUCCCAGUACCUGACCCGUCAGAGACACAUGCUGCAUGGCUAUGAGCACCGCGAGCUCAGAUACCUGCCCAAGAUCAUUGAGCUGGUUUGCAGGCUGCUGCUGGACAUCGCCGAGAACCGGCAGGUCAUAGAAGAAGACAUCCUGGAGGUCCCUGACAUCACCGCUGAGAUGGAGAGGAACAUUCAUGACCUGGAAGAUGACUUUAAGUUUGGGGGGGAUGUUCCCCGUCUACCAGGCGCUCCCACCCUGCCUAGACAUGCCAAUGAGCCACCAAUCUUUUAUCACCGCAAGACUCUGAGCUACAGUGACACAGACCUGUGGCGCUUGGGCUCUGAGCUCAACCUGUUGGCCAACCCUCAGACCUCUCUCUCCCAUAACGACUUGCCUGAGGCAUGCAGCGCUUCUGAAGGAAACCUGACCGGAGCUAAGACCAGGACUCGUGUCCAGUCCACCACCAGCUGUACCUCUUCUGGGUCUCUCUGGGAACAGAAGAAUAUCAUGACUCAAGAAGAUUAUUCACUCCUAAUGAGGAUUAAGCAGAAAGCUGUACAACAAAGUGAGUCCGUGGGUGACCCACUAAAGACAUCCUAUAUUGGAAACUUUUUAACCAGGUGGAAAACCGAGCAGAGAAAGGAGUUGACAAACAAGGUUGAGCAGCCUCAGGGCAAAAGUGAGGAAGAGGAGAAGUCAGAGGUGCCCUUCAUUACCAUCCAGACAGAGCUGUCUCUAGAGGCUAGGAGGCUGCUGGUGGCCCAGGCCCUGGCUGUGGACCUAGAGAAGGAGGGAGAGGCCAAGCACAAAUACAGGGUCUCUGUCUGGAAGGGGGAGUUGAACCUACAAGGGGCAUGGGAGAGGCUGUACAUGGAGCGAGACCCCUUUGUUCUCACAGGGCUCAUGUGGGCGUGGCUAGAACAGCUCAGCGAGCCAGUCAUCUCCGCCACAGCUGUCCAGAGUCUGGACACAAACAACUCAAACCCUCAGACUGUCCUGGACACCCUGGACCAGGGCCCCAAACUGUCCCUGCUGUGCAUCCUAGACUGUAUGGCUCAAAUCCUCCUCAUCCCUGAGGAGGUGGAGGCUGCUUUUCUGGACCGCACCAUCAAGGCUUUCACACAGUUGGAGAAGAGCUCAGAGGAGGGUAAGGAGGUGUAUAAGACCAUGACAGAGAUCCUCAGACUCGUCCUCCAAGACAAGAGGCUGACUGCCAUGGAGGAGGAAGCCAUGUUGGAAAUGUCUGUCUUCUCUGAUUAAGAGCCCGCAUAAACGGCUCACCAUGUUCCAGAAAGAACACUGCCAUCUACGUUGUGCCUUCCUGUAAAGUUACUUUUUUUUUUAACCAAAGGCUUAUGCUAUGUUGUCAUGGUCAGCAGUGUGAAGAACAGUGGAUCCACAGAUGACUCUAUAUGUUUAUUUGUUUGACCUCAGUGUUGUAAUAAGGUAACAUCCCAAGACUUGCAUAACGUUUGGAUGGUCUAGCAUGCAUGUGCAGCAUUAUACAAGCCUUAUUCUCUUUGGUAUUAAUUUGUACUGUACUAAAAUACCUCAGCUACAAACAAACCAGUUGUUAUUAAGUAUUGUCUAAUGAAUAUGAAUAUAUUUAAACCAAAUAAAUAUUUCAUCAUAGUAACCGUUUUCAGUACAUAGGCUUACAAACCCAAAUAUUGCGAAGGCC